UAUAAAUAGUGUUCCCAUCACAAUAUAAAGGAGUAAUCGAAGAAACACGAAAUCCGAUUUACGUUUAAUCUUCUCGAUACGAAAAAAAGAUGAAGAUCCUCGCAGUUGUUUUGUUGGUGGCAAUAGCAGCAGGAGUGUACAGCAAUGAGGAGCAAGGAGCCAACAUGUUGAACUAUGAUGAACAAAGUAUUGAGGAAUCAGAUCAACUGGCGUCCCGGUCAUCCUUUGGAUGGGGAGUGGUUGGAGAUGACGACAGACUAAUAUCCAGUACAUAUCACGAGGCAUACGAUUUACCAUACCUCAUCAACGAACAAGAAGUGACUUACCGGGGAAAUCAGUAUACCAACAUUAGCAGCAUAAGGGUUUCGUCGAACUAUGGCAACACUACUCAAGUAGUUUUACAGGGUGGCGGCUUAAAUGAAAAUUACGUCACUUUAGGUCUCAGAAGCCCAAGAUCAGGGGGCUUCGGUUGUCGGAUCGACAUCUUCGCAACUGUAAACUGUCAUAAUAAUUAAAUAAACGAUUG